UUCGACUUGAAAAUGCGUUUCACCACUGUGUUGUGUGCCUGCCUGGCCGGUCUCACUUUGACCGGUGCUGCACCAGUUGACAGCGCAUCCUCUCGGCGCGAUGUCACUGAUGGUGAUGACAAGGUGGCCUACACCUGGGCUGUGCCGGAAGUCCGGAAGCGUGAGGACGGUGAUGACAAGGUGGCUUACACUUGGGCUGUUCCAGCGCACAAGCGCGACGAUGGCGAUGAUAAGGUGGCGUACACCUGGGCUGUUCCUGAAAAGCGCGGAGAUGGCGAUGACAAGGUGGCUUAUACUUGGGCUGUUCCUGGGGCGAAGCAAUAG